CCCAUGCUCAACCCACGGUGACGGUGCCACCCUCCAGGCCCUUCUGUUACCACACGGAUAAGCUGGCACCGUGUGGCAGCGUAGGGGCAGGACACGUGCCACCAGCCCCGGCUCCCAGUGCGGCCACGAUGGGACGUGGGUGAAGCCAUGAGCGUCCUGCUCCCCGCGCUUGUCCUGCUGGUGGCCACUACGGCCGUCCUGCUGGUCGCCCGCAUUCGGAAGGCAGGGAAGCGCCCCGGGAGCCGGGCCGGGGGGUCCCGGCGCGGCCGAGCAGCCCCAGGGGCUCCCGGCUGCCCCCCGGCUGAGGAGACCCCUCCGCAGGGCGCGGCUGCCCCCGGGAGCGCCCCGUACAUCCCCUGCGGCUGCGGCCCCGGCUGCGCCCCCUGCGCCACAGCGGCCCGGGAGCUGCAGGACCUGGUGACGCCGCUGUGGCCCGGGGUGUCCUUCCCGCGGGACUCGGAGAUGUGGCAGCUCUCGUGGGAGGACCUGGAGCAGCUGCUGGAGCGCGGCCGCCUGCCCUGCUGCGCCUCCUCCAGCUCCUCCGGGAGCCCCCAGCCCUCCAGGAGCCGGCGCACAAGACCCCUGAUCCACUGGAAAACAUCCGCCGCUGGAAAAGGCUCAGUCCUCUGCAGAACCCGACACUGGUUGAGAUCCUCCACCCUUCCAAGAAUGUCCAUCCCUCGGAAAGGCUCCUCCAUUCCCGCCCAGACCCUCUGUGACCUGUAUUGUGCUCCAGCUGGAGCCUGGCCCGUUCCUGCCAAGAAGCAAGUGGAAGUGUCCUGGAGCCACCGGUGCCCAAUCCAUGGCUCCCCGGAUCCUGUGGUGGAGCCAUCUGGGAAUACUCUCCGCACGCUGCUGGACAAGAGGCUCCAGCGGCAAAGGCAGUCGUUCCCAUGUGCAGCGUGCUCCCUGGAGCCGCCUGUGAAGGACAAGGCUAAGGGAGAUCUCCACACCUUGGAUAUUUCCAGCAAAGGUCUCCAUCCCUGCCAGAGCCUCCAUGAGAUCUGCUGGACUCCAGAUGGAGGAGCCCACACGGACAGGCCUCCCUGCCUCGGAGCUGUGGCUACCCACAGAACCCACAAGAUACCCACGGCCAGGAAAAGCCUGGAAACACAACUGGGAGCCCGGGCCAUUCCAGCAAAGCGUUCCCAGGAGCAAGUGGCACGGCAGGAAGUGUCCUGGAGCCGCUGCUGCCCAGUGCACGGCUCCCAGGACACUGCAGCAGUGCCACAGGAGAAGACCCUCCGGGCGGCGCUGGACAAGAGGCUCCAGCGGGAACGGGAGCACACCCUUUUCCAGGGAGCUCUCGGGAGGUGCCUGUCGCGGCUCAGGAUGCAGCUCGUGGCAGCAGCUGGCACGCUCCGUAGCUUUCCUUGUGCUGAAUAAAUCAGGCG